AUGUCACCUAUAGGUAUUAGUACGCUUUCAGGUGACUGUCGAGAUGAAUAUAUAUCCCUCACUAAGCCUAAAUCGUCUCUAUUUGCAUUUCUAUGUAGUUUCAUCCCUGAAGUUUCGGAAGAAAAUGGGGAUGAUAAUGAAACAAAUUGCGAAUGGUGGCCAUGUAAUAAUCCUUACACUCGAUGUGAUAAUAUUUUUCAUUGUGCCAAUGGUAUUGAUGAAUUCGAUUGCCCUAAUUCUUAUUGUAAUAUUAAUGAAUUUAAAUGUAUUAUUGAUGAUUCUAUCGAUUAUCUAUGUAUUUCUCAAGCUAAUAUUUAUGAAAAACCAAUUAAUUGUAGCAAACAUAAUGAUGAUGAAAUUAUUUGUCGAAAAUUAUUUUAUUCGACUAAUUUAAUUAAUGAGAAAAAUGAAUAUUUAUCAUGGAAAGAAAAAACAUGA